UUUUGGUGACGUUAUCCUGCUGUACAGUAGCCUAAUACUUUCCCUGACAAUCAGACAGUGCUAGACUUCAUAUGUGGCAUCAAACAAGCUAAUGUUGUGAUAAAAAUGAUGAAAUGUUUGCAACAUCAGCUGCUUGUGGAAAAAGCUGUAUUUCACAUUGCAUGGCAUUGCAACAUCCGCCUUAGUCCAAGAGGUGGUUAUGUCCAUCCACUGAGAGUGUAUUCUGAUGCUGUAGACGCAUAGGGGAAUAUUAAGCCUUUGAAAUGGUUUGAAAACUUGUAUUUUCCUUUUUUCUUUUAAAGUUGAUAAGCAACAAUAUUUCUUUUCGUGAGGGAGACGGAGGGUCAAAGUUUGAUUCAGUUGGUUAACAAGACUGAAGUGCUGCUGUAUGGCCCAUCCAGAAGUCAUGUGACACUGAUUCACCCCGGCACAUGGAGUCUGUUAGGACAAGUGAAAUCCCCUGCAUUAUGCCCGUGCUUUACCUGUUGUUUCUUGGCUGGCCGUCCCUAAGCCGGCGGAGGCCCCGGCAGGCGCAUGUUGUGUUUUCUGUCUGGUGAGGCACUAAGCCAUCUUGAGGGGGCCUUUCAAUGAGACAUGACAAGAUAAGACCCUGAGGCACGGGGUCACUUGUCUAUCACGCAGAGGGCUGGCACAGAAAACUAUGAUUCAGUUUGAAACUGCCAACUAAAGUUAAAAUGUCAGGGCUGCUUUUGACCUCUCAGUGAUUCUGACAACCUUUACGUGACAAGAAAAAUAUGUAAUCUCUGUCACUCCUGGCUUUUUGGGACAAUCCGCACUGUCAGGUCCCUUAUGCAUCACAUCCAAACCACGGCAGGGGACACAUUUAGAUAUUUAUAUUGCAUGUUCAGUACAUCUACAUCCCUGUGGUCUCACUUAUGUGCGGCUGAAGGAUGUCGAAGAGUUGUGGCUCCUGGUUUUAUUGUACAUCCGUGUCUCGGGCGCGCUAUAGAGGGCAGAGGGCUUAUGGUGUAGGAGCAGGGAAAUCACUGGGCCACAUGCUAAUCUCUGUUGAUGGUUUAUGUAACUCCCAGUAUCACAUGAUCACACGUCACCACCCGCCCAGCUACUGUCUGUACUCAGUAAUUCACUCACUAGUCAGCCAUUCAAACACAAAUGGAUGACAUAGAGAGAGGAAGAAUGAGGAGCACACAUAUACACAGUCAUCAUAACCUGGCACGCUGCCUUUGAUUCCCUAUGCAGCUGCACCCACUAAUGCAUCUACUGUAUAGGGCGCGACCCAGAUCUGUUCACUACAUUUAAAGGAGGAACGAGGGGUGUUAGGAAAAAAAAACACUAAACAAAGAAGCUCGGGAGGCUGUGUGUUACUUUGGAGUAUACAUGAUCCUGCUGACGGACGGCUCCAUGAGAGUGCGGGGAGUGCGAGGCCAUGACGAGAUGGCGAUGAAGCUUUUGUUCUGGGAGCUGGAGCAGCAUCUCAAAAGUUCGUCCGGAGCCAGCGUCGUGGCCAUAGACAACAAGAUUGAACAAGCAAUGGACCUGGUGAAGAGUCACCUGAUGUACGCCGUGCGUGAGGAGGUGGAGGUCCUGAAGGAGCAGAUCAAGGAACUGAUCGACCGCAACUCCCAGUUGGAGCAAGAGAACACCCUGCUGAAGACGCUGGCCAGCCCGGAGCAGAUGGCCCAGUUCCAGGCCCAGGUUCAGACCGGCUCCCCGCCCGCCGCUCCGACAGCGGCCACACCGGGACCCCAAAGCACCGCCGCCCUCGCCCAGCCCACCUCGCACAGCUCUGGCCCGUCGGCGUAGCCUGGUCUGCUCAGACAGACAAACAGACUGACAGUUUUUCAGUUCUGCUACAACAGCAGAGCUAAGCCUUGCCUUCUACAGCAGGAGGUUACGCUGUUAAGACAAGAAUUUGCACAUAUUUAUCUCUCAGAAGGAUGCAGCUAGCAAGACGAGCGAUGCGGCGCUGUACAGCACGAUGGUGGUGGAGGGGGACAAUCUUGAGAUGCUGUGUGGGGCGGGGCGGGGGGGGGUUGGUUUCAGAGGAAUCAUCGAACAUUUGCCAAAUAACCCUUGGACAUAUCAACUAGAAUGUCUUACCAAGAAGAAAACUGCUUAUCAGUGGAGACAAUAGCUAUAGAUAAAAAAAAAAUCACUGUGCCUGUGUCUGGAUUUUAAGUGAUGUCGAUUUUACUGAUGGUGGCGAUGGAGGAAGAGUAGGAGGUGGAGGAUUGUAUUAGUUGUUACCUUUUUUUGCUGACUGAUGUAAAUAAAAGUUCUCUCUCGAGGCUAGAUCCUAAAGUUACAGGCUGAGAGAUUUGAGAGUAAAAAGCCUUCUCAGAGUGACAAAUGAAGAAUGUGAGCAAUUAUUAUGACAAAGUCCCCAUCUGGAAUGGGGGAGUCGUGGGUCGGGAGGGUAUUUUGAUCAACACUUGGCAGCAUUGAUGACGUUACUUCAACUGUGGGUUGGUGGGAUGAACAAAAAAACGUGGUUUCUUAUGGAGAUGAUGAUAUUCUAUUUCAGUAUUUCACUUUCAAGCUCCUCAUUUUUGCCCUCGACAAAAAGCUCAUCAUUGCUGUUCUCUCAACCCUGCAGUGGCAUGUAAUUUAUUUGACAGGGUUGAGACAUUUGGGCUAAGCUGCAUUUUUUUCCUAAAAAGUUUGAUGGGCAGAAGAUGAUGUAUAUUUCUGUAUAGUGUAAGUACCAUGUAAAAUAGUGAGGAGGAGAAGGUGGAGACAAACAACAGAGGCUAUCUUGGUCGCACAGAUUGAAGCAGGUGAGCGAGGAAGGUGCUUGCCCAGUCUGUGUCGUCUAUUUUUAAUGCUGUAUUUUCAAGAUGGAUGGACAGGAGUUUAGGUUAUUUAACUGACAACACACGGCCAACAAUGUUGUCCAUAUCUCUUUACUGCAACAUUAACUCUUACUGUAAAAUCAGUUUUUUCUUUCUGCACCUUUAUGGUUCUUUUUUUUAUUUGACAGUGACGUACUUCUGGAUGAACAAUAUCUUAAAACUCAACAUUUAAAAAAACUCAAUAGAGAUGUUUUUUUUUUCAUUCUGUGUAUCAGUUGUAUGCUCACGUUCUGUGCAUGUUUCUGCUUAAAGACCGGAUGAGAUAUUGUAACAUACAUACCACAUUUGCACUUGACAGCUGCACUUCACAACUUUCAAUAAACAUGCUUAAGGAAGAAUAA